AUGAGGAGUGGAAGGUGCUAUUCACCUGAGACGUCUAUAGAGGCAGACAAGGCAAAAGCCAAAGCUAAGGCAGUGGUAGUGGUAGUACAAAAAAUAUUCAAUGAAGAACCUUCACCGAACAUUAAUGAGCCAGUGACUGAAGCUCAGGGUCGUGAAUUCCUAAGGUAUCUCCUCCAAGAAGAUAAUCAAAUGACUGAUGCUUUGGCUACCUUGGCGGUAAUGUUUAAAGCUAAUAAGUGGACAUACAUGAUGCCAAUAAAGAUCCAAGUAUAUGAAUCUCCGACUCAUUUUUAUCUUCUAGAAGAAGAAACGGAUGGCCAUCCAUGGUACCACGAUAUCCUACAGUAUAUGAGGUACCUAACAUAUUCUCCCGGUGCAUCUGAAAUUGACAAGAAAACAAUAAGAAGAAUGACAACUGGAUACUUCCUUGAUGGGGAGAUCUUAUACAGAAGGGGCAGUGACCAAGUUUUAUUGAGAUGUGUAAUUGCCAAAGAAGUAAAAAAUGUAAUUGAAGAGGUGCAUGGAGGAGCAUGUGGAACACAUACAAAUGGUUUAUCUAUGGCCAGAAAGAUCAUGAGAUAA